CCGUUAUCUAUCGCAAACUAAGUAUUUAGGUACUUGAAUCAAUAAAAAUAUCGAUCUUUGUAUAAAUACUAUUGAUAAGAUAAAAGCACAAACAUUUAUCCUCAACUCUUGAAAAAUUAUUAUUGUUAAUAUGUGAACAAAAGACACCUAAAAUGAAAGCAACAAUUCUAAUGUUCACCCUAUGGCUGGCAAAAACUCGUUCCGAUUGUCCUUUGCCAUGUAAUUGCUCCAGCAUUGCAAUCACCUGCGUAAAUCAAAGUCUAGAAAUUGUCCCAAAUUUCAAAUGGAUCGAAUCGAGCCCCCUGAUUAUUGAUUUAUCAGGCAACAGGCUAUUGUUUAUCGACGAAGAAGAUUUUAAUUUUGAUCAAAUCGAUGAAGUCAAGGAGAUUUAUUUAAACAAUUCUGGUAUAGCUGAUAUUGGCGAUGGAACUUUUGAUAAUGUGGAAAAUUUGCAAGAGUUGUACUUAGGACAAAACUUCCUUACACAAGACAGUGUGCCUGAAAAUUUAAUCGAAGAACUAGACAAUAUGAUUUUAUUGGAGUUGUCUUAUAAUUAUUUCAAUGGAAAUAUGCCAGUAAUCAGAUCGGACUCCCUCGAAGUUUUAGCUUUGGCCAAUUCGAAAAUAACUAAUUUAAAUGAAAACUCUUUGAAGUUUUUACCAAAUUUAAAGAUGCUUUUGUUGCAGCAGAACAACAUUAAAUCGAUAACAUUUGAUACUUUCAAACAUUACAAUCAAAACUCGUUUUUCGUAAAGUUGUCUCAUAACUCUUGGAGUUGUAGCUGUGCUAAUUUUGAAACUUUCACUUUGUUGGCUGAUAAGAAAUUUAUAGAUAUAUCUGAGCCUUAUCAGUGCAUUGGAGAUGAUAGCAAUACUAUUGGAAUUUUACAAAUCGAUUUUUGUAAACAUCAAGAGGUCAAUUUGAAAAGUUUACAAGUUUUGAAUCAUCUCGAAGAAUAUUCCGACAAUGAUGAUUUAUUGGAGAACACUGAAAUUGAUAUAAAAGACUUGAAUGAUGAAGAUUUAGGCAAUAUUUUGCCUCCAGGGGAAAUUUCUCAUAAUAACACUUUCAGUAUUGAGUCAAAUAAUUUGUUUCUUCUAAUUGUAAUUUGCACCUCAAUAACUUUUGCCAUUGGUUUUAUUUGUGGUUUAGUUUUUUGUCAUAUUUUGUAUUUAUUUCGUUAUAAGAAACUAGAGCAGAGCUCAGACAGCAGGGUGCAGUUAUUAAAUGCCUAGUAAUUUUUCAUCAAUAUGGAACUUAUAUUUUAACUUCUAAAUAUAAACAAAAAUGUGAUAAAAGAAACGUUGUAAUCAGAGGAACUUAUUGCUUAUUUUUAAUGUGUAAGAUUAGUUUUUUAAAUUACUUAUUUGUCAUAUUUAUACCUAUUUUAGUUUGUAACUAUGUAACUUCAAAUAAAUGUUUUUUUAUGAGCGAGUGUACUCA